AUGCAAUUUGGUCUCAAGUUCUUCACUCUGCUUGCUCUCGUUGCGCUCGUUGGCUCUACUUUAGGACAACCUGUGGCCAAUGAGCAAGCUGCUGGUGAACCUAUCUUGGUAAAGCGAUGGACCCAAUGGAAUCUAAGCUGGGGCCGACAACCGUUUCUCCGAAAUAACCACUGGGCAUUGGGUACUCAAGCAACUCCAUGGGCAAUCGGUUUGAUAAACAAUCAACCUGUCGGUUGGCACAAUGGGUGGUACAACGUACCCCUAAACGUAUUCCCCAAUGGUGUGCUGCCUACGAACCAAAGAGAAUCAGGUGCGUGGAAGGUUCUGAUAAGAACAGAGAUCAAGAAUCAGUCUUGA